AUGGCACAGCCUCCCGGGCUCUGCCUGCUGGCCCUGCUGGGGCUGGGGCUGGGAGUGGGGGGCUCACCCGCCUGCCAGGACCCUCGGGGCCAGCCCCGCCGCUGCAUGCCUGUCUUUGAGAACGCCGCCUUUGGCCGAGCCGCCCAGGCCACCAACACGUGUGGUUCACCCCCUGAAGACUACUGCCUGCAGAUGGGUGCCCGCCACGCCAGCGCUCUGUGCCACCGCUGCGAUGCCACCGACCCCCGGCGCCACCACAACGCCUCCUUCCUCACUGACUUCCACAGCCAGGAGGAGAGCACCUGGUGGCAGAGCCAGUCCAUGGCCUUCGGCAUCCAGCACCCCAACUCUGUCAACAUCACCCUCCACCUGGGCAAAGCCUACGAGAUCACCUAUGUGAGGCUGAAGUUUCACACCAGUCGCCCCGAGAGUUUUGCCAUCUACAAGCGCAGCCGCGCCGAGGGGCCCUGGGUGCCCUUCCAGUACUACAGCGCGUCCUGCGAGAAGACCUACGGGAAGCGGCCACGGCACUACCUGCGGCCCGGGGAGGAUGAACAAGUGGCCUUCUGCACCGACGAAUUCAGCGACAUCUCCCCACUGAGCGGGGGCAACGUGGCCUUCUCCACCCUCGAGGGACGUCCCAGCGCCUACAAUUUUGACGGGAGCCCCGCGCUGCAGGAAUGGGUGACCGUCACCGACCUGCUCAUCUCCUUGAACCGCCUCAACACAUUCGGGGACGACAUCUUCAAGGACCCCAAGGUGCUGCAGUCGUACUACUACGCCAUCUCUGACUUCUCCGUCGGCGGCAGGUGCAAAUGCAAUGGCCAUGCCAGCGAGGCUUGCAACUGCAGCGGCCGCUCAGACGAGUGCUUCUACGACCGGGAGCUGUACCGCCGCAGCGGGCACGGGGGCCACUGCCGCAACUGCCGCGACAACACGGCCGGGCCCCACUGCGAGCGCUGCCAGCAGAACCACUACCGCUGGGAGCAGCGGGCAGCCUGCCAGCCCUGCCACUGCCACCCCGCAGGCUCCCUGCAGCCCCAGUGUGACAGCUCGGGGACCUGCCUCUGCAAAGCCAACGUGACGGGCUGGAAGUGCGAGCGCUGCAAGGACGGCUACCACAGCCUCAGCGAAGGUGGCUGCAGACCCUGUGCCUGUGACCCCGCGGGCAGCGUGGGCACCUGCGACCCCAACACAGGGCGUUGCACCUGCAAGGAGAGGGUGGAGGGGCACUUGUGCAACAGGUGCCAGCCAGGCUGGUUUAACCUGCAGCCCCACAACCCUGCUGGCUGCACCAGCUGCUUCUGCUACGGCCACUCCACCGCCUGCACGGCAGCCGAUGGCUAUGAGGUGACCCACGUCCGCUCUGACUUCAGCCAAGGGCUGGAGGGCUGGGCUGCCACAGCUCCGGGCACCGUGGACCUGCCUCUGCAUUGGGCCGAUGGGGAGAUUGUCGCCGAGUGGGACGGAGAGGAGCCGGUGGAUUUUCUUGCACCAGAGAAGUUUCUGCAGAACCAGCAUCUCAGUUACGGGCAGCUCCUGUCCCUGCUGCUGGGAGCAGAGGGGAACAGGACGGGGACGGAGACCAGGGUGCCCCUGCUCCAGGUCCAGCUGGUGCUGGAAGGCGAGGGGAUGGAGAUCACCAUGUCAAGCAGCGAGAGCCAGCACCAGCGUGGAAAGCAGGCUGUCACCUUCAGGCUGCACGAGGCAGAGGAGGGUGCGGAGCCUUCGCUGUCAGCCUUCAGCUUCCAGCGCCUGCUCUCCAACCUGACCACCCUUCGCCUCCGCGUGAGCCACAGCCCCGUGCAUGGCAGGCUGUCCCUGAGUGAGGUCCAGCUCACGUCCGCUCGCCCCGGGCCGGGGCCGCGGGCGCGCUGGGUGGAGGAGUGCACAUGUCCCCCAGGCUACACCGGCCAGUUCUGCCAGUCCUGCGCACCCGGCUUCAAGCGGGAGAUCCCCUUUGGCGGCCCCUUCGUCAGCUGCGUGCCCUGCGCCUGCAACCAGCACGGGGACUGCCACCCCCUCUCAGGGCACUGCCAGUGCUUGCACAAUACAGAAGGUCCCUCCUGUGAGCGCUGCAGCCCUGGGUUUUAUGGCAACCCCUUCCUAGGGCACUUUGAUGACUGCAAGCCGUGCCCCUGCCCCGGCCACUCGCCCUGCACCGAGGUGCCCGGCAGCGGGGAGGUGGUCUGCACCCACUGUCCCCCCGGGCAGAGAGGAAAACGCUGCGAGCUCUGCGAUGAUGGGUUUUUUGGGGACCCGCUGGGGCAGAGGGGCCCUGUGCAUCCCUGUGUCCCCUGCCAGUGUCAUGGGAACGUGGAUCUCAAUGCCGUGGGGAACUGCGACCCCGUGUCCGGCCGGUGCCUGCGCUGCCUGUACAACACGACAGGCGAGCACUGCGAGAGGUGUCGGACAGGCUUCUAUGGGGAUGCGCUGGCUCCCAACCCUGCCGGGAAGUGUGCACCUUGUGAUUGCAACCCUGAUGGCUCAACCCCGGGGCUGGAGGGCUGCGAUCCCAGCACGGGCCAGUGCCACUGCCUCCCGCACGUGACGGGCAGAGCCUGUGGGCUCUGCCAGCCUGGCUACUAUGGCCUGCAGCCCGCCGUGGGGUGCAAGAGCUGCGAAUGCCACUCGACGGGGUCACGGGAGAGUGGGUGCCACACGGUGACAGGGCAGUGCUCCUGCCAGCCCGGCGUCACGGGGAAGCAAUGCGACCGAUGCCACCACGGCUUCUUCGGCUUCUCAGCCAGGGGCUGCCGAGCCUGCAACUGCUCCCCGCUGGGCUCCGUCACCCCGCAGUGCCAUGAGAACAGCACCUGCCUCUGCCGCCCUGGCUUUGUGGGCUACAAGUGUGACCGGUGCCAGGCCAACUUCUUCCCUGACCCACCAAGCUCCCGUUGCCAGCAGUGUCCUGCCUGCUAUGGGCUGGUGAAGGACGAGGCGGACCGGCUGAAGGCCAGGCUGCAGGAGAUGGAGGAAUGGCUGCAAAAACCAGGCUGCGACACCCGCCCGGACCAGUCCCCCAUGCUGGGAGAUGCACCCCGGGGAGACGGGCUGCCCAGCCCUCACCUCCUGCAAGGUGCCCGGGCUGCUCUCCCAGCGCAGGUGGGGCGGCUGGAGAUUCCCCAGGAAAUCCCUCAGCAGCCCACAAACUGGAGCCGCCAGGCGCUGGAGGCGCGGGAGCUGGCUGAGAGCCACGAGGACGCUGCGGCGCAGGUGGAGGCAGUGGUGGGGAGAGCGCUGCGUGCCUCCAACGCCAGCUCCGAGCUCCUGAAGAGCCUGUUGGAGGGGAAUGCCAUGCGGGAGGUGCAGCGUGAGCUGGAGGCCGGGUACGAGGAAAUCCAGCGGGCACAGGAGGAGCUGGGCGCUGGAAUGGUGGAAGUGGCAGUGGAGGCCAGGAGAGCUUUCACAGCGGUGCAGCAGGCAAAUGCAGACAUGGCCGAGAAACUUCUGCAGGUGGCUUCACUGGGGCAGCAGGCGCUGCCAGCGCAGGCUGGAGCCCUGGCACAGGACCUGGCAGCGCUGGAGCAGGCGGCGCGGGCACGGGAGCCGGCGGCUCAGCAUGCCAUCGAGGCGUCCCGUGCUCUGGCAGCCAGAUUGCGCCAGGAGCUGCAAAGGACUCACGGCUUCGAGCAGCUGCGGGACCAGGCUGGCUCUGCCCAUGGCACAGCCACCUCGGCCAUCUCGCGUGGAAAAGCCGUGCUUUCUGAUGCCAAGUCCCUCGUGGCCAGCUUAGAAGGUAUGAGGAAGGUGCUGGGGCAUCGGAAGGGCCAGGCUGCCCUGAGCAGGAGGAUGACACUUGUGCGGGACAGGGCGAUGGCGGAGGCCCAGAGGAAGAUUAAACAGGCAGAGAAGACACUGGGAAACUCCUUGUCCACCUCCACUGCAGCCCAGAGGAUGGCCGGGGAGGCUGAGCAAAUCGCUGGGGAGAGUGCCAAGAGGGCACAGGCUGUGCUUCAGGAGGGCAAGCAGGCCCGCAAGCACACCAGCCAGCUUGCCAUGCAUGCCAAUGACACCCGGCGGGAGCUCUCCCGGCAGGAGCGUGUGGCUGAGAAGCUAAGGGGGGACCUGGAGGAAGCACACCAGGUGGGGACAGAGGUGAGGGAGAUGGCAAAAAGUCUCCAGGAAGCCCGGGGCUCACUCAUCUCGGACAUCGAGACCCUGAACGACCUUCUGAGCAGCCUAGGUGAGACCCACAUGGGAGCAGGGUGCAGGCUCCCGGGGAAGGGCCAGGCUGCAACCUGGAGCAGGCUGCGCAGGUGGAGGCAGGCCGAGAUCCGGGCCAACAAGCAGAACCUGGAGGACAUUUUGCGGAGCCUCCCCAAGGGCUGCUCAAAGUGA